GAGACAGAGACAGAGGUGCGUUUCAGGGCCUCUGAUAACUGUCUGAGUUGGUGUGCAUCUGGGAUCCUGAACUCAGAAUGAAGAUCCUCCUCAUCUUCACCCUCUUCCUGAUUUCAGUAGGUGGAGGAGAAUCAGAGAGAGUGACAGGAUAUUCAGGAGGAGGAGUCCUCAUCAAGUGUACAUAUGAGAAAAAAUACACAUCAAACAAAAAAUAUUUCUGUAAGGGUUCAUCACCAAACUGUGCUGACCAUAUCAAGACAGGAGUUAAAAAUGAGUGGAUAAAUAGAGGAAGAUUCUCACUGUUUGAUGGCACCAGAGCUGCAGAGUUCUGGGUGUUGAUCAGAGAGCUCACUGUAGAGGAUUCUGGACUGUACCAGUGUGGAGUUGACAUAAAUUGGCUGGUGGACGUCUACACACCAGUGGACCUGAAUGUACACGAAGAUCUGUCCUAUGAGAAGAGUAUCAGUGUGACUGGCCAUGUAGGAGGAAGUGUAAACAUCAGCUGCAAAUACCCACAAUCCCACAGCACUGACCCCAAGUUCCUCUGUAGGAGAGUGGACACUGCUGACUGUAGUUAUAAAACAUCUGUUAAAGAGAGCAAAAGAUGGAUAAAUGAGGGAAAACUGUAUCUACAUGAUGAUGGAAAGCAGAUCUUCACUGUGAGCAUCAACAGUCUGACUGAGGGAGACUCUGGUGAAUACUGGUGUGGAGCUGAAUCAGACUGGACAUCUGACCAUGGAUACAAGGUUUAUAUCACACAGAUCAACCUCAGAGUUACUGAACAAGAACCACCAGCAACAAUAUCAUCUCCAACAUCUAUAUCCACUGGCAACUUUUCAUUGAAGACAAAUUCAUCAAAAGAAUUCCCAGUUUCCUUUGUGAUCACUGUUGUGUCUGUGAUUCUGGUGUUGUUUCUGACUGGACUCUUCAUUCUCACUGUGCGAAAAAGACUCAGGCCUCAAGAUUUCCUGGUGGCGGCCAGAGCCGUGCUCAACCUCAGGAAGGAAACACUGGGCUCAGCGCCCAAAGAGCAGUCAGAGCAAGGCAGCAUACCUGGAGCGGAGUGUGUUAUGGAGCCGCCGUGGUGGGGAGACAGUCCUGAGGGAGAACUGGCGAAGCAUGCAGCCCAUGGCAUUUGGGUGGAAUAG